AGUCUCGCGUAGCCAGACCCAUCCUCCGUGCAUGCGGGCCAACCGCAGGCACCAUGCAGGCACAGAGGUUGGGUCUGGCUACGCGAGACUAGCCCAUAAAUAUGAGAGUAAAUGAAAUAUUUAUGACUAGCCUUUCCCCAGGUGAUUGCACCAAUAAUGGAAGAUGACAAGACUCUCUUAGUCUUAGAGGAACAGGAAGAGGAUACAUCAAAUGUAUGUGAUACAGAGACUGGGAAAUCCAAGAGAGAUACUGGGCAAUGUGAAAUUUUCCCAGAUCAGGAAAGUGUGACUUUGAGUAAACCAAGUAGAUUUAGUAAAUUGUCUGGUAAAGCAUGGGGAAGAGUCUGGUGCAAGAUUUGCCAGCUCCCUUCCUCUGUCUUCUUUAUCAUGUGGAGUGAGUUUUGUGAACGAUUUAGAUUAAGAGCUGUACUGGUGCUCUUUUUAACAAUGUUCUUGGACUUUGAUGAAAACUCUACAACAGCAAUUUACCAUUCCUUUAUUGUCCUUUGUUAUUUAUUGCCACUGGUUGGGGCCAUUAUAUCUGAUAGCUGUUUGGGGAAGUAUGGGACUAUCCUAAGCCUCUCCAUACUUUAUUCCAUUGGUAAUGUCUUAAUGGCUAUCUCAGCCAUUCCAUUUGGCUCUAAUCGUGUCCUUAACAUUAUUUUAGCAUCAAUUGCUAUGGGAGUAAUAGCAUUUGGUACUGGUGGUAUUAAACCAUGUGUAUCACCAUUUUGUGGUGAUCAGUUUACGUCAAAGAAUGUUCACUUGCUCCCUGUGUUCUUUUCAAUAUUUUAUUUCACAAUUAAUGCUGGCAGUCUUAUCUCAACUCUACUGACACCAGUAUUGAGAGGUUAUGUAUCCUGUUUUGGUGAGGAUCAGUGCUUUCCCCUAGCAUUUGGAGUUCCUGCUAUUCUAAUGAUUGUAUCAGUUGGUAUUUUUGUCCUUGGCACAAAGUGGUAUGUUAUAACUAAACCAAAGAGAGAGGCAGCUAUGUUGUUCUUUAAAGUGCCAUGGUCAGUUGGAUAUGCCAUUUAUCACCGCAUUAAAUACGGAAAGAUUGACAAUACUCGUAACUUCAUGGACAAUGCUAGUCCAAAAUUCUCUCGUAAAUUUGUUUUUGACGUCUGGCUUUUGCUCCGUGUGCUCGUUAUGUUUUUGCCUGUGCCAAUGUUUUGGGCACUAUUCGAUCAGCAAGGUUCACGAUGGACACUACAGGCUUUGAGAUUAAACGGAAGCUUUGGAAAGUUUGUCAUCUUGCCUGAUCAAGUCUCGUCCCUUAAUCCAAUAUUUCUUAUCAUCUUCAUCCCGAUAUUUGAGACUAUUAUAUAUCCUCUUUUUGCCCGUUGUAACAUAUUCAAGAAACCUCUCCAGCGUAUGGGAACUGGAAUGGCGAUUGCUGGAGUUGCAUUCUUAUAUGCUGGAUUUCUUGACUUGUACAUACAGUCUCAGUCUGGAUUGCUCAAAAAUGAUGAGGCACGCAUAGUCAUUACAAAUGGUUUGAAUCAACAGGCUCACUUUAGCUACCCUGACGCUAAUCAAACUUUUUCCUUGGAUGAAGCUUAUUCACAGAAAUUUGGUGUAGACGAUUUGAAAACUAAUGAUCACAACCUGACGGUGACUGUUGGCAACUCAAAUAUGACGUUUUACUUGGAAGUUUAUGAGAAACAUAUUCUUCAGUUAUUCCUAACUGAAACUGAUUUAAUAACGAAUGAUACUAUUCAAUGGGCUCCUAAAGGUGACAAAGUUAAUGUUAGAGUUUUUAUGGGUGAAGUUAGUACAUUCUCAUCAGCAGACUUUUCACUUUGCUCAUCAAGUGAUUGUUCUGAUGAUGAAAUGGAGUACCACGUUGAGAAUAUUACAAUGAAUGAUAUUUCUAAACCAGCCAAUAUAUCUAUUAAAAGAUAUUACUAUCGAAUACAAACAGACAAUGAAACAAUUGGAACAAUUAUAAAGGAAUUACCAAAAGAACUUCGCUCUGGUGGAAUAUAUACUAUGACGAUAGUUGAAGAUUCAGAUAAUGGCGUAAGCCUCCAAUCUGGUCUGGCUAAUUCCCCAAACUCUAUAUCUAUAUUUAUGCAAGUCCCUAUGUAUGUGAUUAUUACUGCUAGUGAAAUCCUUUUCUCUAUCACUGGUUUGGAAUUUGCUUAUUCACAGGCACCUGUCAGUAUGAAGUCACUGUGUACAGCUGCUUGGCUGCUAACUGUAGCAUUUGGUGACAUGGUUGUUGUGAUAAUAGCUGAAUCUUCUAUUUUUAGUAAUCAGGCCUAUGAAUUUUUCUUCUUUGCUGCUGCUAUAGAAAUCUCUUGCAUUGUGUUUGUAAUCAUGUCUUAUUUCUAUAAGUAUGUUGAUCCCUCCACACUCCUGGUUAGUAGUGACAAGGAUGCCUCAAAUAAUUUAAAUGAAAGUAAAAACUCUAAACUGGUUUCUGAUGAUGAGGCAAAAGGUGAAACUGGAACUUACACCAAACAAUUAGAUCAUUGUGAGGAUGGUAAGGUUUCAAUCUCUCCCCAUUGUGAUCCUGCUCCUGAAGGUUUAGAUUAUGAGAGUGAAUUGUAAAAAUAACAUAAUGAUGAUUUUAUUAUUAUGAUUAUUAGCUGACUGUAAAAUAAUUAUUUUUAGAAAAGAACAUCAAUUUUGUAAAAUAAUCUUAAUUUGUUCAUUGUUACAGAUUUAAAAA